GCAGCGGAGGAGCUCCGCUAUUGAAUUGGGGCAGGAAAGGCUUCAGAUCUGCAACGGGAGGGAGCAGCCUUGCAGCCGGACCCUCCGCAGGUUUACUCCCAACUAGGUCAUAGGGAGGGAAAUGCUCUUUUAAAUCGAGGUGGAAAGAAAUGAGGUUACUUAAGAAAAGGGGAAGGAGAUGGGAAGAGCGGGACCCAGAAGGACCUGGAAUUGGCAGAGCAAGAAAAGGUCCCCUUCCCUUCCAGUCUGGGAGCGGUGUUGAAUUCUGGAAAAGAGCUGUGCAAGAGAUCCUAGAUCGAGACACCAUGAACUCAGAUGUACACAGGCAGCACUUCCGGCAAUUCUGUUAUCAUGAAGCUGAUGGGCCUCGAGAGGUUUGCAGCCAGCUCCAUAGACUUUGCAACCACUGGCUAAAACUGGAGAGGCGCUCCAAGAAGCAGCUCCUGGACUUGGUGAUCCUGGAGCAAUUUCUGACCAUCCUGCCCCAGGAAAUGCAGAACUGGGUCAAAGGAUGUGGGCCAGAGACCAGUUCCCAGGCGGUGGCCCUAGCCGAAGGUUUCCUCCUGAGCAAGGCAGAGGAGAAGAGACAGGCAGAGCAGACCUUGGGACCAUCAGUGAAGAUGGAGGCUAAGUUCUCUGUGGCAGAAGGAUCUCCUUCUGAGGAGUGGCUGGGGGCGCAGGCUCAAGAGCACGGCCGAGAUUCCUUCUCACAUGGAAGUGGGGAGAUGCUAUCAAACCGAAGAUUUGGCAGAGAUGUGGAAACAGCUGCUGUGCCUCCAGUUCAGACUCCAUUUUCCUUUGAGGAGGUGGCUGUGUAUUUCACCCAGGCAGAGUGGGCAUUGUUGGAUCCCAGCCAAAGAGCUCUUCAUUGGGAAGUCAUGGUAGAGAACUAUGGAAGUGUGUCCUCUCUGGCCGAUGAUGUUGAGGAGACAGUUGGGGAAUUGGAAAGUGACAAGGAAGAAGAAUUUCAAUAUAACUUCAGGGAUCAAAAGGGAUCAGAAAGGAUGGAGGGAAAGCAUGAAGAGAAGAUGAACAAAAAUCCCAUUCCUCACCAACAAGAGGAUUUCCAUGGUGCAAUUCACAUGGCAGGGGAAACAUACAAAAGCUUGGAUUGGAGAUUGAAUUUAUCAGAUCAAACUCAAUAUGAUAUCAGUUUGGAAAAGCACCUUGGAAAGAAGGUGCAUAAUUGCUUCCAGUAUGGAAAGAGCUUCCUUUGUGGAGCAGAGUUCAUUAGACACCAAAGAUUCCAUCUUCAAAAGGAUUUAAGAAUCCACACAGUGGAAAAACCUUUUGAGUGCUCAGAAUGUGGAAAGAGAUUCAGUCACAGUAGCGUUCUUCAACUGCAUCAAAGAACUCACACAGGAGAGAAACCAUUUGAGUGCCCUGAGUGUGCCAAGAGGUUCAGUCGGAGAAGCCAUCUUCAACUGCAUCAAACAACCCACACAGGGGAGAAACCUUUUGAGUGCCCUGACUGUGCCAAGAGGUUCAGUAGGAGUAGCCAUCUUCAACUGCAUCAAAGAACCCAUACAGGUGAGAAACCUUUUGAGUGCUCAGAGUGUGGAAAGAGGUUCAGCAGAAGUGGAGAUCUUCAAAAGCAUUUAAAAACUCACACUGGAAAGAAACCUUUUGAGUGCUCAGAGUGCAGAAAGAAAUUUAGUCGGAGUGACUACCUUCAGAAGCAUUUAAGAACACACACAGGGGAGAAACCUUUUGAGUGCUCAGAGUGUGGAAAGAGAUUUUUUCGGAGUGGCAGUCUUCAAGUGCAUCAGAGAACCCACACUGGAGAGAAACCUUUUGAGUGUGCAGAAUGUGGAAAGAGAUUCAAUCAGAGUCAUAAUCUUCGGCUGCAUCAAACAAUCCACACUGGAGAGAAACCUUUUAAGUGUUCAGAGUGUGGAAAGAGAUUUAGUCGGAGUAGCCGUCUUCACGUGCAUCAAAGAACCCACACUGGGGAGAAACCUUUCGAGUGCUCAGAGUGUGGAAAGAGAUUCAGUGUAAGUGCAGAUCUUCACAAUCAUUUAAGAACCCACACCGGGGAGAAACCUUUUGAGUGCUCAAAUUGUAGAAAGAGAUUUAGUCGGAGUGACAGUCUUCAAGUGCAUCAAAGAACCCACACUGGGGAGAAACCUUUUGAGUGCUCAGGGUGUGGAAAGAGAUUUAGUCACAGUGGUAAUCUUCAAAGGCAUUUCAGAACCCACUCUUUGGAGAAAUCUUUUCAGUGCUCAGAGUGUGGAAAAAAUUUCAGUAGCAGUACAGAUCUUCAAAAGCAUUUAAGAACCCAUUCAGGGGAGAAACCUUUUGAGUCACAAUGGAAAACAUAUAAAUGCUUGGAAUGUGGAAAGUGCUUCUCUCAGAAUGGCCACCUUACUGCACAUCAAAAGCUUCACACAGGGGAGAGCCCAUAUAAAUGUUUGGAGUGUGGAAAGUGUUUCUUUCAAAAUGGCACCUUAAUUAGACACCAAAAGAUUCAUACAGGGGAGAAGCCAUAUAAAUGUUUGAAGUGUGGAAAGUGCUUCUCCCAGAAUGGCCACCUAACUGCACACCAAAAGAUUCACACAGGGGAGAAGCCAUAUAAAUGCUUGGAGUGUGGAAAUUGCUUCUGUCGGAGUAGCAACCUAACUAGACAUCAAAAGGUUCACACAGAGGUGAAGCCAUAUAAAUGUUUAGAGUGUGGAAAGUGCUUCUCUCAGGAUAGUGACCUAACUAAACAUCAGAGGGUGCACACAGGGGAGAAACCAUAUAAAUGCCUGGAGUGCGGAAAGUGUUUCUCUCAGAAUGGCCAACUAUCUGUACAUCAAAAGAUUCACACAGGGGAGAAGCCAUAUAAAUGCUUGGAGUGUGGAAAGUGCUUCUUUUGGAACGUCAGCCUAACUGCACAUCAAAAGAGUCACACAGGGGAGAAGCCAUAUAAAUGCUUGCAGUGUGGAAAGUGCUUCUCUCAGAAUGGCCACUUAACUGUACAUCAAAAGACUCACUCAGGGGAGAAGCCAUAUAAAUGCUUGGAGUGUGGAAAGUGCUUCUUUUGGAAUGUCAGCCUAAGUGCACAUCAAAAGAGUCACACAGGGGAGAAGCCAUAUAAAUGCUUAGAGUGUGGAAAGUGCUUCUCUCAGAAUGGCCACCUAAGUAGACAUCGAAGGCGUCACACAGGGGAGAAACCAUAUAAAUGUUUAGAGUGUGGAAAGUGCUUCUUUUGGAAUGGGAGCCUCACUGCACAUAAUAAGAUUCACACAGGAGAGAAGCCAUAUAAAUGCUUGGAGUGUGGAAAAUGCUUCUCUCAGAAUUGUGACCUAACUAGACAUCAAACGAUACAUACAGGGAAGAAGCCAUAUAAAUGCUUGGAAUGUGGAAAGUGCUUUUCUCAGAAUGGCCGCCUAACUGCACAUCAAAAGAUUCACACAGGGGAGAAACCAUAUAAAUGCAUAGAGUGUGGAAAGUGCUUCUCGCAAAAUAGUCACCUAACUGCACAUCAAAAGACACACACUGGGGAGAAGCCAUAUAAAUGCAUGGAAUGUGGAAAGUAUUUCUCUUGGAAUGUCAGCCUAAUUGCACACCAAAAGAUUCACACAGGGGAGAAGCCAUAUAAAUGCUUGGAGUGUGGAAAGUGCUUUUCUUGGAAUGCCAGCCUAACUGCACAUCAAAAGACUCACACAGGGGAGAAACCAUAUAAGUGCUUGGAAUGUGGAAAGUACUUCUCUCAGAAUGGCCACCUCAGUGCACAUCAAAAGAUUCAUACAGGGGAGAAGCCGUAUAAAUGCUUAGAAUGUGGGAAGUGCUUCUCUCGGAAUGGCUACCUAACUGCACAUCAAAAGACUCACACAGGGGAGAAGCCAUAUAAAUGCUUGGAAUGUGGAAAGUUCUUCUCUCGGAAUGGAAGCCUAACUGCACAUCAAAAGACUCACACAGGCGAGAAGCCACAUAAAUGCUUAGUGUGUGGAAAGUGCUUCUCUCAGAAUAGUGACCUAACUAAACAUCAGAAGGUCCACACCAGGGAGAAGCCAAAUAAAUGCUUGGAGUGUGGAAAAUGCUUCCCUUCGAAUAUCAGCCUAAGCGCACAUCAAAAGAUUUGUCCUUGCUGGGUUAUCUGGGAUAGCAUUACAGUAGCUGUCCUCAUUCCUUAAAGACUGAAGUCACUUGCAAUUGGUGAAAGUACCUCAGCUCACCAUCAAUUGGUGUGUGGUGUCCCACAGGGGACAAUUCUCUCACCAUUAUUAACAUUUAUAUGUACUUCUUGGUGGGUUGAUGUGGAGGUUUGGACUUGGCUGUUAUCAACAUGUAGAUGACACCCAGUUGUAUCUGAUUGUAGGCGGUCAUCUGGAUUCUACCCCAAGUGUUUAGGCCAGUUGGUUGGGGCCUGUAAUGAAAUACAUUAAAAAGAUUUGGCUGAAGUUAAAUCCAGCUAAGAUAAAGGUUCUGUGGUUGAGCUGAAGUUGACUCUUGACAGGGUGCAACUAGUUGCUGCACUGACCUUUAAGAAUAUGUUUUCUUUGACACCUCCUUGAGUAUGGGGAGGCUCAGGUGAAUUACCUUGGCCAGGGUAAAGUCUGGCUUGCUUCAGCCAGGGCCAGGGCCUUUUCAGUCCUGGCCCCAACCUGGUGAAAUGCUCUGUCUAGGGAGAUGAGGUCCCUGUGGGAUCUGAUGCAAUUUCACAGGACCUGUAAGAUCAAGAUGUUUUAGCAGGCUUAUGGUUAAAGCAGCAA